UAGUCCAAUGUUUCAGUUUAAGUUGAUAUAAACAUGUUCAAGAAACUUCAAUUACUAUCAAGAUAUAGAUUCCAUAAUUUGAGGAGGUUUCAAAAAAGAUGGACAAACGAUCUGCGAAAGGAAAAAUGGUUACUAGAGAAGAAGGUAGGAGUAUCGGCAAUGAAGAUUUUGCUGAUGAAUGGAGCAUUAUAAUCCAUCGAGAUUCAAACUCAAAUUCUCAUGAAAUCAGUGAAAGUGAGAGACAAUGGCUAUGUUCCUUGGAGAAGAGAAAAGGGUACAUUGGCUCAUCACAGAAGCCAAAAAUUCAAAUGGUCCCAAAAAUGCAUCGCGAGAUUGAAUCAAACGCAAGGUGCUAUGAGCCCCUCGUGGUUUCUAUUGGUCCAUUUCACCAUGGAAAUCCAAAGCUUCAACCCAUGGAGAGGUACAAGGAGCUACUGGCAAUUCAGUUUGCUGAUCAAGAUAGUACCAAACCAAGACCUGAAGGGGUCUUACCAUGGCGUUCGACAAAUGCAGUGUCCAUUGAUGAGCUUUACAAAAAGGUCAAGAACAUUGUGACUGAUGUGAUGAGGGACUGUUAUUAUGAGGACUUGAUCAAAGACUACAGCGACGAGGAGUUUACACAGAUGAUGUUCCUGGAUGGCUGCUUCAUUCUUCAAUACUUUCACUGCAUCGUCACUGGCAAUGCUAAGGAGCUCAAAAUGAAGAGCCAUGAUAUAGCUUUCAUUCGUCGGGAUCUUUUCUUACUUGAAAAUCAGUUACCAUUUGAAGUCCUGCAAGUGUUAAUGAGCUGUAAGUUCAAGGAUAAUGUAGGAAUGGAGAUGAUUAAAAAGUUCAUCUCGAGUGCACAUGAAAAGCCUGAUCAAGAUCACGGAUUCAUUCAACGUAUCAAGAAUUUUUUUCUUGAUUUCUUUGAUGGAAUUCUCUUUUCUGCAGAAACAAUACAGGGGAAUGGUCCCCAUCCAGAAAGCUACACAUUUGCUCAGAAAGUUAUGAACUUUUUUGGAAGGAUUUGUCAAGGAGAAGGACCUUCCCUUACCAAACAAAAAAGCGUGAAAACUCCGCUUCCUUAUCAUCUCCUCGAGCUAUUAAAAACACAUCUCAUAGACCCGAAGGCUUUCGCAGAAGGUGGAUGCUAUCUAAGGGGUGAGUUGUGCUCGUAUCGUUCAGCCAUAGAGCUGAAGAAAGCAGGAAUCCAUUUCAAGCCUGGAAAGAGUCGUCGUCUUUCAGACAUUAAGUUCAAUUCAUUUCAUUGCUCAGCUCUUUUAAUGCUUCCAUCUAUAACCGUAGAUGAUUCAACCAAGUCGGAGUUCUUAAACUUGGUUGCAUAUGAGGCAUGCCCUGAUACACCAGAUGACUUUGGCGUUACAUCUUAUCUUUGCUUCAUGGAUUCACUUAUUGAUCAUGCUGAAGAUGUGAAAGAGCUCAGAUCCAAAGGUAUACUUCUUAACUAUCUUGGAAGUGAUCAAGAAGUUGCAGAUCUCUUCAACGAGAUAGCAAGAGAUUUGGUGCCUAAUCCACAUGCCUUUGUUGAUGUCAAAAGACAAAUUGAGGAUCAUUACAAAAGCAGAACAAAAAUAUGGAUUGCUGAGUGGAAGAACACUCAUUUUACUACCCCAUGGACUCUUUUUGCAUUUAUUGCAGCACUUUUUGUGAUUGGCUUGCAAAUCACUGAUACAUUUCUAGCAGGCGUCCAGACCUAUUAUGCAGUCCAUAAAAAAUAGAUCUAGUGAUGAUAGGAUUCAAAACCAGUUCUAUUUUUCGCUGCAGGAAUUCUUGCGUAUCAUGUUUAUUGAAUUCGUCAUUUUUUUUUUUAACCUUGUUGCUUUGACGGUGAUUGAUCUUUGUACUCUUCUUGUUUUAUGCGUACAAACUAAUAAUCUGUUUAAUUUGUUUGCGUAUGUUAUAU